GCUUAUAGUUUAUCAGGCUAGGUGAGACACACACAGCGCAGCAACAGGCAGGGUGGACAGAGCAGCGUCACCUUUCCACUUUCCCUCUCCAGAUAAACAUCCACCCUUUCAUCACCAGACGGGGGGGGGUGUUACACCUGUUGUCAGAGUAAAAACCUGUGAGCAGCCCUACAGAGGUAGAAGGAGAGAUGUGGCUGUGCUUACAAUGACUGACUGCUGGACUGUGUGGGGCAGUCAUUGCUCCACAGUGAAGGAGAGACAUGUCUCUCUGUGGACCAUGAAGCGCUACACCACUCUGAAGCAGCUGGGGGACGGCACGUACGGCAGUGUGCUCCUGGGAAAGAGCAAUGACACUGGGGAGCUGGUGGCCAUAAAGAGGAUGAAGAGGAAGUUUUACUCUUGGGAUGAGUGUGUGAAUCUAAGAGAAGUGAAGUCUCUGAAGAAGCUGAACCAUACCAACGUGGUGAAACUCAAGGAAGUCAUCCGGGAGAAUGACUACCUCUACUUUGUCUUUGAGUUCAUGAAAGAAAACCUCUAUCAGCUCAUGAAAGAACGGGAAGAUAAAAUGUUCUCUGAGAAUGAGAUCAGGAAUAUUCUGUUCCAAGUUCUGUCUGGUUUAGCAUUUGUGCAUAAGCACGGGUAUUUUCAUCGAGAUAUGAAGCCGGAGAAUUUGCUCUGCAUGGGCCCAGAGCUGGUGAAGAUUGCAGAUUUUGGACUUGCCAGGGAAAUCCGCUCCCAGCCGCCUUACACUGACUAUGUGUCCACGAGAUGGUACCGAGCCCCAGAGGUUCUACUCAAGUCCAACACUUACAGUUCACCCAUCGACAUCUGGGCCGUGGGCUGCAUCAUGGCGGAGCUCUACACUCUCAGACCCUUGUUCCCUGGCAACAGCGAGGUGGACCAGGUCUUCAAGAUCUGUCAGGUGCUGGGAACGCUGAAGAAGCCUGACUGGCCUGAAGGCUACAGCCUGGCCUCCUCGAUGAACUUCCGCUUCCCAAAGUGUGUCCCCUCCAGCCUCAGAUCUCUGAUCCCCAACGCCAGCAACGAGGCCAUCGCACUGACAACAGACAUGUUACAGUGGGAUCCUGAGAAAAGACCCAGUGCUGCUCAGGCUCUGCGAUAUCCCUACUUCCACGUCGUCCCUUUAAAGUCCUCAGAGCAGCACAGGGCUCAGACAGAGAAUGAACCAAAGCCUCUGUCUCUGUGUAAGACAGAGUCAGAGCCCCGUGAGACCCAGACUGAGCCACACAUCUCCAGACAAUCUCUACAGGAGAUCUCUGCUCCUCAGGAGAACAUGGAGCCAAGCAUAGGGCAAGCUACAGCAGGGCAGCAGGAACCUCUCAGUCUAGUGAAGCACGGACAGCCGUUGAGCUUGUGCACUAGAGGAGCAGCACCUGGAGCAGAGAACAGUGUAUGUGGACUCAGGACUGGACGUAAACGAUGGGGACAGACUUCUUUAAAGUCAGUCGACAGCUGGAAUGAUGGCGACGACACAGACGCUGGAGUUUCUAUCUCCAAAAAACCCACGACAAGCUUCCUGAAAGAUAGGACACUCAACAGACUAGACAGCUGUCGAUUUUCAGAGUCAAAGAUAAAAACUGUAGUAAAGUUACCAAACAAUGGCAGGAUGAACGGAACUGACUCCACCCCAUUGACUGCCAAGCAGCACUACCUCCGCCAGUCCAGGUAUCUGCCAGGUGUUAAUCCAAAAAAAUGCUUGUCAGAAGUAAGUCAUGUGACCGACAGAAGCCUGUGGGACAGCUCAUGUUUGACCAAACAACAGGACCGUAGUAAAGACUCCAGACUUCCUAAACUAAGGGAUGAGCAGCUUCUGAAGGAAAUCACUCAGGAGGAUGUUGAUCUUCCCAAAGACAACAACCGAACCAAGACGUAUAAAUCAUCUCCUCAUCUUCAGAAGACAGAAACUGGAGCAGCUCCACAGAAAACCACACGGGCACUGAGUGAAGGCACAGCGGCAGUUGAUUUGUCUUUAAAUGCUGAUCUGAGAAUUGACUCCAAAGUCAAAACAAGCAAGAACGAGACGUCUUCAAAUAAACUGCCACCCUCAGAUGAAGAGUACGACAGGUGGAGGAGCAGAUGUGUGAAUCCUCACAUUCCUGGAUCCAACACCAGCUCUUCACGGAAGAAAACGUUCCCACGGAGCGCAAACGUACAGUCAGUGCACGGACGAGUCGACUGGGCCGUCAAAUACGGAGGCCAUCGGUAGCGUGAAGAGGCCGUCAGACUGUUUUUGUAAAACAGUAACUAAAAAAAUAAACUGGUUAUUUUUGUAUUAAAGAAAGUGAAUUUAUUAUUUCUCAACUGUGAAAAGGUGCAGAUACAGCAUAUGUACAAUACAUUUUACACAAACAGCAGCGUAUAUGAUUUAAUUACAAUCGAGCAAAAAUAAUCCUUGACAUAUUAAGUGAGCUCAGCUCCCCACAUUUUACAAAUAAAAAUAAUUUGUAUA